AUGUCAGUAUCUGGAAAGAAAGAGUUUGAUGUGAAGCAGAUCCUGAGGCUCCGCUGGAGGUGGUUCAGUCACCCCUCGCAAGGCUCCGCAGGCACGGGGGGCUGCCAUCCGCAGGAAGGAUAUGAGCACAGGGGGACACCGGUUCAGACAAGGUUGAAGAACCACUCUCGGGAAAGAAAUGGGCUGAAGAAAAACAGCAGUCCUGUCCACCACAAUAUACUGGCACCUGUGCCAGGUCCAACCCCAGCUCACCACCGAUCUAUUCAAACCUGGCACCGACAAAAUCUGAUAGAACACCUUCGAUCAAAUGAGGAUAUUCCCAAAAAAAGCACAGAGGAAAACUGUGUUGAAGAAGAUUCAAGUAAAACCACCCAGGAGUCGCAGAUGAUCACAGAAGAAAAUUCCCAGGAAUCUGCAGAGAGGCUAUCGACGACCAGCAGCUCACUGCUUGGAAUGAACACCAGCGGCUCGGAUGAGUAUUUCCAGUCUGCAAACCAUGCGGAGCAAACUUUCCGCAAAAUGGAAAAUUAUCUGCAGCAGAAGCAGCUGUGUGAUGUUCUUCUCAUAGUGGGAGACCAAAAGAUCCCAGCUCACAGGUUGGUUCUCAGCGCAGUGUCUGAUUACUUUGCUGCCAUGUUUACCAAUGAUGUGCGGGAAGCAAAACAAGAAGAGAUCAAGAUGGAGGGAGUAGACCCCGAUGCACUGAAAGCUCUGGUGCGCUACGCCUACACAGGUAUUCUAGAGUUAAAGGAAGACACUAUAGAAAGUUUGCUAGCUGCAGCUUGUCUUCUCCAGCUCUCCCAGGUUAUUGACGUGUGCUGCAGCUUCCUCAUGAAGCAGCUCCAUCCUUCCAACUGCCUGGGGAUCCGCUCUUUCGGAGAUGCUCAGGGCUGCGCAGAGCUCCUGAAGGUGGCACACACGUACACUAUGGAACACUUCACAGAAGUAAUAAAAAAUCAGGAAUUCCUUUUACUCCCUGCUAAUGAAAUCGCAAAGCUCUUGUCUAGCGACGACAUCAAUGUUCCGGAUGAAGAAGCCAUAUUCCAGGCGCUGAUGAUGUGGGUGAGGCACGAUUUGCAAAACCGGCAACGAGACCUAGGAAUGCUUCUGUCUUAUAUUAGACUGCCUCUACUUCCACCCCAGUUACUAGCCGAUCUAGAAAAUAGCCCAAUGUUUACAGAUGACCUAGAGUGUCAGAAACUUCUUAUGGAGGCUAUGAAGUACCAUCUGCUACCGGAAAGAAGGUCCAUGAUGCAGAGUCCUCGAACUAAGCCUAGAAAAUCUACAGUGGGUGCACUUUAUGCUGUAGGUGGUAUGGAUGCCACUAAAGGUACCACCACAAUUGAAAAAUAUGACCUUAGGACUAACAGCUGGGAACAAAUUGGUACUAUGAAUGGCAGACGGUUACAGUUUGGAGUCGCAGUGAUUGACAACAAGCUCUACAUUGUGGGAGGAAGAGAUGGUCUGAAAACUUCCAACAUUGUUGAAUGUUUCAACCCUGUCACCAAAGUCUGGACUAUAAUGCCUCCCAUGUCAACACACAGACACGGCCUAGGAGUAGCAAUGCUUGAAGGACCAAUGUAUGCUGUUGGUGGCCACGAUGGAUGGAGUUACCUUAACACCGUAGAACGGUGGGACCCCCAAGCACGGCAGUGGAAUUACGUCGCUAGCAUGUCAACCCCUAGAAGCACCGUAGGGGUUGCAGCGUUAAAUAGCAAGCUGUAUGCUGUUGGUGGACGAGAUGGGAGCUCCUGCUUGAAAUCAAUGGAAUGUUUCGACCCGCACACAAACAAGUGGAGUAUAUGUGCUUCCAUGUCCAAGAGAAGAGGUGGCGUUGGGGUUGCGACAUACAAUGGGUUUUUAUAUGCUGUGGGAGGUCACGAUGCACCUGCUUCCAACCACUGUUCUCGGCUUUCCGACUGUGUAGAAAGGUAUGAUCCUAAAACGGAUGCUUGGACAACAGUGGCCCCUUUGAGCGUACCUCGGGAUGCUGUUGGAAUUUGUCCUCUGGGGGACAGACUAUACGCUGUUGGCGGCUAUGAUGGCCACACAUACCUGGAUACUGUGGAGUCCUACGAUGCUCAAAAUAAUGAGUGGACAGAGGAAGUUCCUGUCAAUAUUGGAAGGGCUGGGGCAUGUGUUGUUGUUGUGAAGUUGCCCUGAUGGCUAUAAAGAUUGUGAAACUAAACUGGGUGGAGUUUCACGAAGGCUGAGUCAGGAA